CCCACCGUGACAUACAUAUAAGCCUAACCCCACUUACAAACCGCAGCGUCAUUAUACCUCUUGCCUGCCACUAUGGUGAAAGCCUCUGACGUCCUUUUGAUCCUAGUUGCUAUCCUCUUUCCACCAGCGGCUGCUGCUUUCGUUUCCGGCUGCAGCUGUGACUUGCUCAUAAAUAUUUGUUUAACUAUCUUGGGUUAUAUCCCUGGACAUAUCCACGCCUUUUGGCUCAUCUACAAGAAGAUGCAAGCUGAAGAGAGAUAUGGGCAUGGGGGGUUCUAUUACACCGGCAACGGGCAUUACCAGGCUCUCAAUCAAGGUUUUGCUGCUCCUGCAAACUAUGGCACGGCAGGGCCUUAGGAUGAUCUUUGUCACUCAGAUAAUAUCCAUCAUACACACGGACUGUAAUACGUUGCUCCACUCGUCGUGCUUUGCAACUAUAUAUGUUUUGUUCAAUAUUAUUGCCCAUACCUUAUAAGCUUUGU